AUGCACGGCGAACUCUGCAGUUGCACGGAACGACCCUCCCGCCCCGCGCUAAACGCCAUCCUCGCCGCCGCCAAGGUGUCGUGCGUGUACAGAGAGUUCGGCUGCGGCCUCCACAUCGUCUACCACAACGCCAUGAACCACCUGCGCACAUGCCUUCAUGCGCCCUGCUUGUGCCCUGAGCCCGAUUGCUCGUUCCUGGGCACCCCGCUGGCGCUGCUCGGCCACUUCGACACCGCCCACGCGCGGGCCAUAUUCACCGUCAGCUACGGCCACCCUUUGAAACUCACCCUUCCACUGUCUCAGCCAUGGCACUUCGUCCUCGGGCAAGACGACCGCACCGUCUUCCUUGUGUCACUGGCCGGCACGCUCAAUGGCAGCAGCUCGGCCAUGGGAAUGUCCCUGAAAUGCGUAAUCUUUCCUGAAAUGUUAUCAACUAGGAUUGCAAGUGGGAGCCCACUUAAGUCCUACUUCUAG